GAAAUCGGACGAUGGCGCCGAGUUUGUAAACUGUCGCCUAUAGUAAUACCUUAUGUACUUGUCAUCAGUUAGCUAGCUGGAGAAGUUUUUAUUAUUUGGAACAAUCUUAUCAGUAGUAUCUAAAGUCAAUUGUUGUUUUUAGUUCAUAGAGCUUACUGUUUUUUAUUCAGUGCAAUAAUUUAGUUAUCUUAGAGCCGUACGGAACUUUCUACUAUAGUUAUCUAUCUGGUAUUUCGCGUCCUGCUGUGCUGUCAACGACUAGUACCAGACAUGGCUUACUAUUUAGUCCUUCAAUCCAAAUUUAAGAACUGUUUUUAGUCCACAGUAAUGCCGGUGCAGGAGACAUUCAGUGCGGUCAUGUCUCCGUCCCAGUCUGAAUUAACGACACGGGAAAAAUAGGAUGAUCUACCAAGUGUCGAGGUUGUUGCUCCCCUUUGGAAAAAGACUACGGGUUCAAGUGAAGCUGGUCAGAUUUGUCUCUACCGAGAUGAUCCGCAGGGCACAGAUUAAAAAAGUCCUUUGCGUGGCGGAGAAGAACGAUGCAGCCAAAGGCAUUGCAGAAAUUAUGUCUGGCGGAAGAGCAAGGAGGAGGGAAGGUUAUUCUGUGUACAACAAAAUAUAUGAGUAUGAAUAUCAUCUGUUUGGACAGAAUGUGACUGUUUCAAUGACGUCAGUCUCGGGACAUCUGCUCGCACUGGAGUUCAAAGCAUGUUACCAGAAUUGGCACAGCUGUAAUCCAGUUUUGCUGUUUGAUGCAGAGGUGCAGAAGUAUUGCCCCGAGAACUUUGUUGGAGUAAAGAGGACAUUGGAGAGAGAAGCUCGUCAAGUGCAAGCACUUAUCAUCUGGACAGACUGCGAUAGGGAAGGGGAAAACAUCGGCUUCGAGAUCAUCGAUGUCUGUAAAGCAGUCAAGCCGAACGUUCAGGUGUUGCGGGCUCGGUUCUCUGAGAUCACCCCGAACUCCAUUAGUAGGGCCUGCGAGACUCUGACCGAGCCCAAUAUCAACAUCAGCGACGCAGUGGAUGUCAGACAGGAGCUCGACCUGCGCAUCGGAGCCUCGUUCACCAGGUUUCAGACUCUCCGCCUGCAGAAGAUCUUUCCAGCCGCUCUGUCCAAUCAGCUCAUCAGUUAUGGGAGCUGCCAGUUCCCUACCCUGGGUUUCGUUGUGGAGAGGUUCAAAGCGAUCCAGGCCUUCAUUACUGAGAAUUUCUUCAAAAUAAGAGUGACUCAUAAGAUGGAGGAAGAGGAGGAGGUCGAAUUCAGCUGGAAGCGGAAUAGGCUCUUCAACCACACAGCCUGCCUUGUCCUCUAUCAAAUCUGCAUGGAGGACCCCACUGCUACAGUUACUGGCAUAACAAGUAAACCGAAGAAGAAAUGGCGACCUUUGCCUCUUGACACUGUGGAACUUGAGAAAUUGGCGUCGCGUAAACUGAAGAUUAGUGCCAAGGAGACUAUGAAGAUAGCUGAGAAACUGUACACUCAAGGGUUCAUCAGCUACCCCCGUACAGAGACCAACAUGUUCCCCAGAAAUUUGAACUUGACCCCGUUGGUUGAGCAGCAGACCCAGGACCGUAACUGGGGACCGUUUGCCCAGAGGAUUCUGGAACAGGGUGGGCCCACACCCCGCAAUGGAAAUAAGUCUGAUCAAGCCCACCCUCCCAUUCACCCCACAAAGUAUACGGAUCGCCUGCAGGGUAACGAGCAGAGAUUGUACGAGUUUAUCGUGCGGCACUUCCUGGCCUGCUGCUCUCAGGAUGCACAGGGGCAGGAAACUACCAUUGACAUCGAAAUCGCCCAGGAGAAGUUUGCCGCCCACGGGCUGAUGAUCAUCGCCAGGAACUACUUGGAGGUCUAUCCCUACGAGAAGUGGUACGCCAAGGUCAUCCCGGUGUAUGAGCAAGGAUCUCAGUUCCAGCCCACUUCCAUCGAGAUGGUGGAUGGACAGACCAGUCCCCCCCAGCUGCUUACUGAAGCCGACCUCAUUGCCCUCAUGGAGAAGCAUGGCAUCGGCACUGAUGCGACCCAUGCUGAGCACAUUGAGACCAUCAAGAGCCGCCUGUAUGUGGGAUUAACAGCCGAUCAACGGUUCCUGCCAGGGGAACUUGGAAUGGGUCUCGUGGAGGGGUACAACUCCAUGGGCUAUGAGCUGUCCAAGCCGGAUUUGAGGGCCGAGCUGGAAGCCGACCUGAAGCUGGUCUCCGAGGGCCGCAAGGACAAAGCGACGGUGCUCCGGCACCACGUGGAGAAGUACAAGGCCGUCUUCGUCGAGUCUGUGAGGAAGGCCAAGAAGCUGGACGAAGCCUUGUCUGCUUACCUGGGGGAGGCGCAGGAGUUCACGGAGCAGGAGAGGCAGGACAUGGAGAUGCCCCUGCCAGUGCGAAAGUGCCCCCAGUGCAGCCGUGACAUGGUCCUCAAGACGAGGAGAGACGGUAUCGGGAAGUAUCUGAGCUGCAUGGGCUACCCCAGCUGCAAGUCGGCUGUGUGGUUCCCCGACACAGUGCUGGAGGUCAGCCGAGACGACAGCGUCUGUCCCACCUGCCGCCCGCAUCCUGUUCACAUGCUGAAAUUUAAGUUCAAGAGGGGGAGCCUGCCCCCGGCGAUGCCGCUAGAAUUUGUGGGCUGCGUUGGCGGUUGCGACGAGGUGCUCCGGGAGGUCCUGAACCUGAAGUACUUGCAUGGAGGUGGAAGUGGAGGAGGAGGAGGAGGAGGAGGAGGAGAUGUGACUCUGCAAUCGACCGGCCAAGUACCGCGAGUGCAGCCCAAUCCACCAAGAGCCCGCCCCCAGCCCCUCCCUGCCACCACGCCCCCCAACGCUGGCAGCACUGACUCGGGCCCAACGUGCAACUGCGGCCAGGAGGCCAUCCCCUUCACAGUGCGCAAGGAGGGCCCCAAUCAGGGACGGACCUUCUACAAGUGCGCUGCAGGGGCCUGCGGCUUCUUCCUGUGGGGGGACCAGCCAGAGGACGCGGGUGGGUCGACGGGCCGUGGCCGGGGAGGGGGAGGGCCCCCCCAGCCCAAAGCCCAGCCGCCGAGGGCUUCGACGAGCUUCGGAAGGGGCGGUGGCGGUGACACCACCAUGUGCAACUGCAACGAGCCGGCGACCAUGCGGACCGUAGCCAAGGAUGGGCCCAACAAGGGCCGGGCUUUCCACACUUGCAGCAAACCGCGCGAUAGGCAGUGCGGCUUCUUCCAAUGGGCCGACGAGGCUCCAGCAACAGGCACGUUUGGGGGAAGAGGCGCAGCAGUAGCAAAGAGAGGGAAGACAAAUGGGGUUGCCCCCUCCAAGGGCCCCCCUGGGAAGAAGCCCAGGACUUGCGGGGUGUGUCAUCAGCCCGGCCACACAAGAGCCACCUGCCCGCAGAAUCGCUAGAGCAGUGGGAGUCCCACGAGACAGGGGUGGGUUCAGAGUUGUUGAUCAGUUGAUAGUUUGCUUCAGGGGUGCUGGGAGCUGGCAGGGAGCAAAGAUGUGGACUGUGCAGUAACAAAUCCUGCUUGCAGUGUGUAAGCAGUGUGGAACCAGAGAGCAGUGCCUCACAUUGUCCAACAGGAGAAGGGGGCUUGCAGUGAAACCGAUCAGCAGUAAAUCUUUAUUCUGUGUCCCCCAAGCUGCAAGGGAACAUCCAGCAGACUCAUUGAAGGGUGAGGAAAGUCUGACUGUUGAAAACUGGUCUGCAGAGACCUGUAACUAUAGUUGUGUAUAUAUAUAUUGUACAUUUUAAAGAUAAAAAAUAUUAAAAUUUAUUAAUCAGUA